AUGACACGCGCAAAGCAGGCAGCGCAGGACAAAGGCAACAAGCGUGUUGCUGAAGAAGUGGAUGCCGCCGCAGAGGGCGCUGAAGAGAAGCCCGUGGCGAAGCGGGCCCGAGCAACACGCGGCGGCGGCGGCGAUGCGGAGGCCGGGGCGAAGCCUGAGGCAGUGGCCGAGCCCGAUCAGGAGCAGCUUGAAGAAGAUCAAGUAGAAGGAGGGACCGCGGAGGAGGCUGCCGACGGGGAGGCCGGCGAGGAGCAGGGGGGGGAUGCAGACGCGGGGGCUGGCGACGGCGAUGAGCAGCCAGCGGAGGACGGCGGCGAUGGCGAGGCCGCCGAUGACGCCGCGGCCGUGGCGCCAGCGGCCGCUGAUGCGCCGACAGGGGACCCCAUCACCCUUGGAUACCGCUCGUUCAAGUCUGGGCAGGAGGCUUACCACUACGUUUCGACUGUCCUCAAGAACUGGCACCUGGGGCAACCGCUCAACGAGUACGAGCUGGUGAUGCUGCUGGACCUCCUCAAGAAGGGCCACCCAAGGGGGGAAGAGAAGCUGGCGGGUGGCGUGCAGGCGGUGACCGUCAUGGAGACGGCCGUGUCAGGGCAGACCAGCCGCUGCUUCCACAUCGUCAGGCCGGGCGGCGCCGUCGAGGACUUUUCUUACCGCAAGUGUCUUGACGCCAUCUUCCCGG